CCAAUACAAUCAAUGCACGGAGAAUUCGAUUGCGUUUUGGAAGUUGAUCCCAACAGCGUUGGUUAUUCACGUCUCAAUUCUAUACAAUAUGAAAAACUGUGUCAGUUCAGACUUAAUAUUGUAGUACAAAAUCCUGACAUUAACAAAAAGGGAUGUGAACACCUGCUUCAAAACUUGUAUAUAAGUGGUGUACCAGAUAUUGACAAUUGGGAAUACGAAGACGAUGGCGAAAUAGCGAAGUGCAAAGGAACAUUGAAAUACAGUUCACCACUAUGGCUCAAAUUGGGAUGUCAUAGAAAGACUGACCACUUCUUGUUUAAUUAUUUCGCAAUAUAUGAUUCUGAUGAUAUACGCGAGGCCGCAUUCAGCGUACGUAGUGACAAUCUAUUGGAUAUUCUAUUAUACCCCGACCACAACUGGACGAUUCAAUGCGGAACUAAAUUUGAAAGCUCUGUAGUAAGCCGCGUCAUCGUGCAGUUUCAAUAUAAAGCGACCAACACAUUACCAGUGGAGAAUAGACUGAAUCUGGAAAACUCGAUUCUGUUCGAAAUAAAAACUAGCGACAACGGCAAUUUUUGUGACGCCAGUACGAACAUCACCAUCAAGGAAGGACCGUUCAUGAUCAAGAUUUUUGGGAACUACGAACAAGUGAACGAUAUUUGGUGCAGAAUUAAUGGUUCCUAUGGUGAACUAUUUUUAACAACAGAUGAUUUUCUUGAAUACGAACACCCGAAGGAAGCCGUCGCGGUUGUAGGAUUCAAGAAAAAUGGAUAUAUGGAUGUUAUUCAAUCGACUUGUAAGUUUUUAAUGUUUCCGCAAAAUGGCGCUCAGAUACAUCAAGAUAAUGCAAAUUAUUUUGAAAAAAUGACGUGCACGGCAUCAGUUCGUGUAAUUGGAGCGGAAGAAAAUACGCUGCUCUUUAAUUUGAAGAACGACAACACUGAAUGUGACAGCGUUGAACCAACUCAAAAUUUUACAAUCAAGGAGGGCAGCAUCUUAACGGUGAAGAUUCCAAAUAUCCUUCUACAUUUUUCCCAAUUAUGGUGUUCCAGAGUUGACGACAAUACCCAAAGUGCUUAUACAGGUGAAAAAUAUUUCAAAGAAUACUUGACUCACAAGUAUAGUACUAAUGAAGCUGUUGCCGCUAUUGCGAAAGCCAAGGAGCUGGUGCGUGUCUGA